UACGUUUUGAAUGAAUCCGUCACGGAUUUGUAAACAAUUUUUUUAAUUCUUUAACAUUUUAUACGAUUUUCAAUGGGCUUCAUUUAUUUUUAUAUUGUAAAUAAUCCGCAAUGAGUGACGAAGAUGAUCUUAACGCAUCUAUUGCGCAUAUUCUAUUGUGUUGUGUCGCCGGUAAUGGCCUGGGUCGGACGCAUCCUAAAAGCUUCACACAUCCGGGCAUGCAUGCCAACUUCUUCAUACACGGAGUCGUUGGAUUUCUGCACUUCCAAAGUACAAAAUUCAACAACGACUUCAAAGGAGCCUACAGAAUCAGUUUGGCUGCAUCUCGAUACCUAGCCCUACCCUGCCUGAACGCAGAUAUACACCGGAACGACCAGAACAUGAGCGCUAUCCAUCUUGUUUCCGGCCUAAUCCCCUUCGCACUAGCUUUGGCAGGAAGCGAUAACCCGCAUCUGGGCAAUCUGUGCAUAGCUUGCAACAUUGUAUCCCUGUGUGUCUACUCCCACGAGCACAACAGAACUUGGGGCUGGUACACUGCAGGUACUGGAGUCCUGGCCUACUUUAUAACAACAGCGGUUGCCAAGAAGGUGUCCUAUCCUCUGUGCUUGGCGCUCAUGGACUACUGCGCGUGUCAACUAUUUUCUGUACACUUUUCUGGGCCUGGCGGAAUAUAAACUUUAUGGAUA